GGCUGGGGCUGCCUUCGGGGUCGAUCGGCAUCCGCUUGCUUGAUCUCGCCGUCUCAGUCUCGCCAGCGACACAACACCUGCCUUUCUGCCAUGAGCUACGAUCGUGCUCUCACUGUCUUCUCGCCGGACGGCCAUCUGUUCCAAGUCGAAUAUGCUCUGGAGGCCGUGAGGAAGGGCAUCUGCGCGGUCGGUGUCCGUGGCAAGGAUGUCGUCGUUCUCGGAGUCGAAAAGAAAACCGUCCUGAAGCUCCAGGACUCCCGGACUGUCAAGAAGAUUGCCAUGCUGGACGACCACAUCUGCGUAGCAUUUGCAGGUCUUAUGGCCGAUGCCCGAGUGUUAAUAAACAAGGCAAGAAUCGAGUGCCAGUCUCACCGUCUGACCGUCGAAGAUCCCGUUUCGGUUGAAUACAUCACGCGAUAUAUUGCCGGCGUUCAGCAGAAAUACACCCAGAGCGGCGGUGUCCGUCCGUUCGGUAUCUCGAUGCUCAUCAUUGGAUUCGAUCAAGACAAAGUGCCCAAGCUCUACCAAACCGAUCCCUCGGGCAUUUACUCGGCAUGGAAGGCCAACGCAAUUGGACGAAGCUCCAAGACAGUCCGCGAGUUUUUGGAGAAGAACUACAAGGAGGAUAUGACCCGCGACGAGACCAUCAAGCUCACAAUCAAGUCGUUACUCGAGGUUGUCCAAACUGGCGCCAAAAACAUCGAGAUCGCCGUCAUGGGCGCUGACUCGGUCUUGAGGCACCUGGAGACUGACGAGGUCGAGGCCAUCACCGCUAUCAUCGAGCAGGAGAACGCUGCGGAGGCCGAAAAGAAGACCAAGAAGGGCGCAAGCUCCACGGACGCCCUGGGCGGAAGCAGCAGCUAAGCGGCCACCCAAGUCACAUCCGACCUGCUGAAUAUAACCGAGAGCGCCGAGCUGUUUACCGAGCCCAUGCGUGGCAUAUAGCGGUCAGCAGUCGUGAACCACACGGGACUGCUCCGCGCUUGACGGACUGUCGAUAAAUGGCGAUUUGCACCGA